CUCUUCUGACAUCAAAAUACAUGACAAAUUCCAUCGGUUGACACACUGCUUUUCAUUGGGUUACUGAAUACAUAAAUUGUUGUAUAUUCGUGAACAUCUCUUUCUCAUAGUAGUCUUUAAUCAGUGUCCUGGAAAAUAUUUGAUCUACAAAGCAUAAAUUGAUGGAAAAUUAAGGAUGAAGGGAGUAACAGUAAUUCUUCUGACUGCAGUCCUUGCGUUGGGACGAUGUGAGCACCACGAACAUACACUAGAGAAUGUGGCCUUGAAAGGAAAGGCUGUUCAAUCUUCAACAUAUGGCAGUGCUUAUGCUAGGAGGGCUAUUGAUGGAAACCGCGAUGGUGACUACUAUCAUGGAUCCUGUAGCCAUACUGAGGGUGAAACUAACCCCUGGUGGAGAGUGGACCUGCUGGGUGUGCACAGAGUAUCCUCAGUGAUCAUCUCUAACAGAGGGGACGGCUUCUCUGAGCGACUCAAUGAUGCUGAGAUUCACAUUGGGAACUCCCUGGAGAACAAUGGCAAUGACAACCCAACGUGUGCUGUGAUCUCAACCAUUCCACCAUGGGAACCCGUCAGCUUUAAUUGCAGUGGGAUGGUGGGUCGCUACAUCAACGUUCUUCUCCGAGGAUACACCCAAUUCCUGACUCUGUGUGAAGUGGAAGUCUAUGCGAGUCCUGCAGAAGACAUCGGAAUAGCUUCCACCUUGGGACCCAGUAUAACACAAAAAGGGAAUGUUGCUUUGCGGAAAAAGACGCGUCAGUCAUCAUCCAAGUCUCGGGGCCGGGCUAGCAAGGCCGUUGAUGGAAAACGCAGCACUCGGUUCCAAAUGGGAUCUUGCACUCAGACCCGCACUGAAGCUGACCCCUGGUGGAGAGUGGACCUGGAGAAAGCCUAUAAUGUCACCUCUGUAACCAUCACCAGCAGAGAGGACUGCUGCGCAGAGAUGAUUGAUGGAGCUCAGCUCCGAAUUGGAGAUUCCUUGGAAAACAAAGGCAACAACAAUCCAAUAUGUACUGUGAUUUCCUCUUUUCCUGCAUGGGAGACCUUGACCUUUCAGUGUCAUGGGAUGAUGGGACGUUACGUCAACAUCUUCCUCCCUGGCUGCGAUAAAUACCUGACUCUGUGUGAAGUGGAAGUCCAUGCAGAACCUGAUCCUGUCUCCCUGCCAGAAGUCACGACAGACGGUCCACCAUUGGUUACUGAACCAGACUCAUCAGAAGAAUUUGAAGAAAUCCUGUCAAUCGCCUUUGACUUCAUGCAAUCCAUUCAACAAUUAUUUGGCACAAUAUAUCCCGACUCUACCCAAGCAACUGAAUACCUGAAAGAAAAUGUACUCUUGGCGUUCGCUGAAGAGGAUGAAGUCACACAAGACAGACAAUGUACUGCGAGUAGAACAGUUCAAGAGAACCUUGCUACUGGUGGCCAAACUACCCAAUCAACGCGGUGGGACGAUUUUGGUGAUGCAACCAAUGCCAUCGACAGGAAUCGCCAAGGAGUGUAUUUAAAGGGGUCCUGCAGCCACACAAAAGGUGAAACAAACCCCUGGUGGAGAGUGGAUCUGCUGAAAUCGUACAACAUUACUUCUGUGGCCGUUUCUAACCGAGAGGACUGCUGUUCUGAGAGGAUCAAUGGAGCUGAGAUUCACGUCGGAGACUCACUGGAAAACAAUGGCAAUGAUAAUCCAGUGUGUGCUGUGAUUCCCUACAUCCCAUCAGGGCAAACCAGAACCUAUCAGUGCAAUGGGAUGGUGGGACGCUACGUCAGCAUUCUUCUCCCUGGGAAAUCAAAAUACCUGACUCUGUGUGAGGUGGAGGUGAACGGCAAUGCGAUUGGUAAUGAAUGAGCAGGUUUGUCUCACUGGUGCCUGGGCAAGAAAUCCUCGAGACUGCUCUGUCGUAACCAACACACUGGAGAACUGUUCAGAUAAUGAAGAACUGUUUCUGGGAGAGCUGUCUCUCCAUGGCUUCCAAUAAAAUUUUGCAACAUA